AUGGAGAACCAGGGAGGCGCUCAAGGCUUCGUUGCCGGUGCUUUCAGCGGUGUUACUAAAGUGUCCACGGGCCAUCCUUUCGAUACCAUCAAAGUCCGUUUGCAAACAUCAAGUACAUCGCGUUUUCGUGGCCCAUGGCAUUGCAUUCAUGAGACCAUCAGUCAAGAAGGAAUACGAGGCUUAUAUAAGGGGUUCACGCCGCCGUUGGUUGGCUUUGUGUUCAUGGACUCCAUAUUGCUCGGUUCAUUCUCUAUGUACCGUGAUUACUUCAGGAGGACAUGUCCAGAAACUUCAUCGCCUGCAAAGCUCCCGUAUUUGAACGAAUCAACAAGAUCGUGUCUGAUACAUGGGGUAUCAGGAGGCUUGGCAGGAUGGACAGUCAGUCUCAUCGCAGCACCCAUUGAGCACAUCAAAGCACGACUGCAAAUACAAUACACAACGACGGGAGCCCAAAGGUUAUAUUCAGGGCCAUUUGACUGCCUUCAAAAGAUUUUCACCUCUUAUGGCGUGGCUGGCGUGUACAGAGGCUUUUUCUCCACCAUCGUCUUUAGGAGUUUCUUCGCCGUCUUCUGGUCAAGCUACGACGUGUUCAGUCGUCAAAUGCAGCGACGUACCAACUUCAGCACUCCUUUACUAAACUUCCUAGCUGCUGGCUUUGCCGCGCAGGUGUAUUGGCUAACGGGAUAUCCUACGGACGUUAUCAAGCAGCGCAUUAUGACCUUGCCUCUUAACGGCCCAAGGUAG